AUGGCGUCUUCGCGCGGCGAGAGCGACGGGGACGACGGCGUCGACGACGCGUUCGCGCGAAUCGCAGACGCGCUCUCGUUCGACGACGCGCGCGGUGCCGACGCGGUCCACGCGACCGCUCCCGGGACGCCGUCGCUCGUCCUCCCCGAGCACCCCCCGCGCGCGCCGGCGACGUCGCCGGUGACGCGUCGUCGCGCGCUCCUCCCCGUGAGCAGACUCGAGAGCGACGCCGCGCGACGUCCGCGCGCCGAUGGCGGCGGCGGCGUCGACGGCGUCGACGACGAACACGAUGAUUUCCACGCGCUUCGGAAAAGAUUCCGAGACGCGUUCCGCGCGACGCGUCCGUGCGUCGCGCGCGUCGUCGCGCGACGAUGGACGACGUCCUCGCGCCUCAGCGUCGACGGCGCCCGAGGCGUCUUCGCGGACGCGGACGACCCGCCGUGUGUCGUCCUGCGCGCGAAGGACGAAGACUCGUCGACGUUCCUCGGCAGAGGCGGGCUGUGCGACCGGGAGGAUGGCGUCCUCGCGCGCGACGCGUUCGCGCUCGUGGCGGCGCGAGCGGCGGCGACGCGCGGACGCGGACGCGGCGCGCCUAGCGCGCCGCGGCGGUGUUACUUUCGCGCGCCGCUGACGGAGAGGAUACGAGCGGACGUGGACUUCAGCGCGGCGGCGGCGGUGUUCGGAGGCGGCGACGUCGACGCCGACGACGACGACGCCGACGACGACGACGACGACGAAGCCGAAAACGCACGAAACGCGCCUACGAACCCGCCGCCGCCGCCGUUCCGCGAGAGCACGUCUUCGGUGUGGGUCUCCAACCACGGCUGCGUGACGCCGACGCACUUCGACCUGUGCCACGGUUUGCUCACGCAGCUGGAGGGCGCGAAGCGCGCGCUGCUCGUGGCACCGGAGCACGCGCGGUCGCUGUACGCGGGGGCGGACGUGCCCGUAGGCGCGUUCUAUACACUGACUUGUCCCCAUACGACCGCGAUGGCGUGGUGA